AUGCUUUCGUUAACAGAAUUCUAUUCUUGGUUAAGUAUUCGUCCUAUUGAAUUAUUAUUUAUUCUAUUUGGUUGGUUAAGUUUUUCAAUUUUAUUAGUAUUACGUUUUGAUUUUAAUAUAAAUACAAUUACAGAUAUUCAUUUAUUUCUUCCAUUAUUUUUAACUAAUGCAAUACAUCUAUAUUUUAUUCUUAUUGUAUUACUUCGUUUAUGGUUUGAACAAAAACAACGUACUAGUUUAACACCAACAUAUACAUAUCGUUUAAUUGUACAUAAAAUUUUUACACAUAUACCAUUAAUUGUUUGUUUAAUUAUGUUUAAUAAUUUAUUAUUUAAAGCAUUUAUUAAUAAACAAUUAUUAUCAAUACAUAUAUUUAAUCAAUGUAUGAUACCAUUAUAUUUAUUUAUGAGUUGGAUAUUUUUAAAAAUAUUUAUUUGUAAAAAACAAACUAAUAUUACAGUUGUUGCUCAAUCAUAG